AUGCCAGAUACCACAUCCAAAAAGUUCGCAUACGCUGAUAAUNCCUUACUCUACUCGAAAAUUUUUUCAAAAAAUGGAGACUCCGACCAAACCCUUCAAAAACAGUAGUAACAGCGUUCCAUCUUAAUAAUAAAGAGGCCAAUAGAGAAUUAACAGUACAUUUUUGUGGGGACACCAUCCGUAAUAGCAAGCUACCAGUAUAUCUUGGGAUAACAUUAGACCGAGCCUUCAUAUUCAAAGCACACCUACAAAAGGUGGCAGCAAAAAUCAAGACAAGAAAUUCACUUAUCAAUAAACUGGCCGGCACAAUAUGGGGUUCAUCAACACAUAUAUUGCGAACCUUAACUUUGGCGCUGACUUAUUCUGUUGCAGAAUAUUGCGCACCCGUCUGGGAAGGUAGUCAGCAUUGUAGUCUAAUAGACGUACAACUGAGAAAGGCAUUGCGCAAAAUUACUGACACCGUUACGCGUACCAAUAACCAAUGGCUCCCAGUACUUGCUAACAUUGAACCACCUCACUUACGAAGACAAAAUUACGUACUCAGAGAAAAAGAGAGAAUCAGCAAGUACCCAGACCUCCCGAUCCAUGAAGAUGGACUAGAAAACCCAAAACUAAAGUCACGGAAGCCUUUUUUGAUGAGAACCAACGAAAUUGUCGACACAAAAAAACUCAUACCAGAUACAUGGCAAGAAGAAUGGGCAAGAAAAAAAACCUGGGGAAGGUGCACAUCUCGAGAGCCCACAUAACCUAAUAGCCGGAAUGAACCAAUCGAGGAAAAUAUGGACCAGACUAAAUCACACAAGAACUAGACAAGGGAGAUGUAAGGAUUUAAUGCAUAAAUGGAAACUGAAAAACGACCCAAAUUGUGAUUACGGAGAAGGUGUACAGUCAAUGAGACACAUAAUCGAAGAAUGCUCGUUAAGGAAGUACGAUGGAGACCUGAGACUUACAGUGACUCUGGAGGAGGUGGCCUGGUUGGAGAAAUUGGACAUUGAUUUGUGA